UGUAGUCACUUCUAAACUAUUGUUCAAAUCGGUUGGAAAUAGUUAUUAAAAUAACAUAUUGUUUUGUAAUUGACUUUACAACUUUCAUUUAUUUGGUUUAAGUGAACAUCCAUAAUUGUAUUGAUAUAUGAAUAUACAUAAAAAUAUGUAUAUACAGUGAAUAAUGGAGGCUCCAUAGUGGUAGUUUGCAUGAUCAUAAUUUAAUUCUAAAUUAUUGUGGUGAAAAUAGGGUCAAAAAUGAGUUUAAUUAAGACAGAAAGGAGUGACAUCACUGAAAACGAGGGGCGAGACAGUGCCUGCUAUUUUUGCAAUGAUUCAUUCGAAAUGGGAAAAUUACAAAACCACUUAAAGCAGUGCGGCAGCAUAUUGGAACAGUGUCCAUUGCGUUGCGGAGCCUGGAUUCAGAGGAAGCACAGGGACACACACGUCAAGGAUUGUCCCAUGAUGGAUAAGAAUCGCAACAGUGUAUCCCCUACCCAUGUCCGAGUGUCAGACCCUGAACCUCCUUCUCAGAACAAACACACUUGGUCACCUAGAGCUGUCCCAUUGGAGGAAUGUGUCUCGUAUUUGGAGAAAGAACUUGCUAACAUCAAAUUGGUUCUAACAGAAGAAUCAAACAACCACGACAUCCAAUCAACUGAACUGGAACACCUUCGCUCCAAGUUAGUGCUGGUGGAAAAUCAGGCCCAGCAUUUCCUCUCCACCCUUGUGUCUCUUCGAGCAGCACUGGACGAUGAGGCAGAGAGGUCAGCCAACUGGGCGGCGCAGUUCAAGCACGACCUUUCUAAUGUGCAACUGGCAUUGCAAGAGCUACAAAGCCAGCAGCUGACAACAACGAUGCGACUGGAAAGUGCUAUCAGCAGCAUCGUGCAUGAGCAGAACGAGAGAGAGCUCUUAGAGCAGGCACUGACGCAACAUGACAAUAGAAUAAGGACUAUCAAUAAGCUUGAAGAGGUAAUCGAAUAUAUUAAGCAAACUGUGGAAGAGGAGAGACAGCGCAAUUCUGAAAACCAAGCAGCAUUGGAAGCCGAGCUGAUGGAAGCUCGACGGUCUUCUCAGCAAUUGGCACAUCUCUCUACCCUCAGAGUACAACUGCAAAAUGCUGCUUCAGAGAAUCCUGCAUUUGACCGUUUGGCGGUGCUGGAAGUGGCCACGGCCGAUGUGAGAGCUGAAGCAGCAGAACACUCUAAUAAAAUGGAUAUUAUUUCACGAGAUCUACGUGCUCUAACCAAAAGUUACAACAAGAUGCGGUCAGAACUAGUAGAUUUCCAGACAAGAAUGACAUUGGAACACCCAGAGAGCGGCAGUCAUACUGGUCAGUUCAUCUGGAGGAUUGAUAAGUUCUCGUCUCGCAUGAAGGACGCAAAGGAAAAGGACACCGUAUUGACAAGCCCACUCUUCCGGACCAGCAACUAUGGGUAUACAUUGAAGGCCGAACUAAAUCUAAACGGUAUAGGCAAGUGGAAGGGUCGUCACAUCACCUGUACUGUUCGGUUGGUACCAGGUCCAUACGACCCACUUCUGGAAUGGCCUUGCGAUCUCAAUAUUAACAUCGUGCUAAAAGACCAGCCAGCUAAUCGAAGUCAGGCAAAUGACAUAGUGAAAUCUCUGGAGCUCCGUCGGAAAUCAAAGCUAAAGGAAGAUGCCAACGAAAGAAGCAAAUCAACCGAGAGUUUGGAUCAAGGCAUCAUACAAAUGAAGAGACAGUACAUCUUCAUACCACACGCCAGUCUGGACAAAUUCGAGUAUAUUAAGAACGACGUCAUGUUCUUUGAGUUUAUAGUUAAUCAAUAAUAUUUAAUAUGGACUGACGAUAGUCGAUCGAUCUAAAUCGAUGUGGUGUAUAUUUUAUUUUUAGCCAUAUAUAGAAACAUAUUGAUUUCUCAGAAUAACCUUAUAAAUGUAAAUAGGACUCUCUAUUGACGCACGCAUAUAAAUUGUAUUGCUGUAUAGCCGGCAACGCAUUCGCCAGCCAUCGGGCAUUGAGUGUCCAUGCGCGGUUGGAUCACUUAUCAUCAGAUGAGCCUGCUAUCAUCUCUUAACCCUAUUCUUUAAAAAAAGUCGCUGAUACUGUUAUUUACAUAAUGUACAUUCGCGCAUUAUUUGCGUUUUAAAGAUUCAUUACGCGUCUAACUUUUUCGGAAACUUUGAUAAAAUAAAAAAUAAAAACCUCUAACUUGAUUAGCUCUCUCAGAAUAAACCGCCUGAAAAUGUGUUUAGGGGUUUUAGAAGGGAAGAUAUGUUUAUUCCGUUAAAACUUUAGGGGGCUUCAAUUUUUAAAUCACUAUAGUAAUUGGUUAACACAUGUCUGUCUCCGUGUCUCACUAGUGGUGUACGUGUAAUUAUUAACCGUACCUACUUAUUUAUGAAUACAUGACAAAUGAUUUUAGUUGUAGUAACUCGAAAUCCUGGUGUUAGUGCUGUAGUACUGUAGGAAUUGUAAGCAUACGGCAAGAGACUUUAAAUAUAUUGAAAUCACUUUGUAAAGUACCUAAUUUCAUUUUACACUUUUACCUGAAAGUUUUAUAAUUACAUAGUUUUGUUGUCGUCGGUCAGAUCGUAAGGACCGACUUCGCUAGACACAAUAUCCUUUUUUGAAUUAUAUUAAUUUAUUAUGUA